AUUCAGGAACCAGGGAGGACCACACCACUGAAGACCCAGGGAUCACAGAGGACUACACCACAGCAGUCCUGGGGACCAUGGAGGACAACACAGCAGACCUAUGGACCAUGGAGGACUACACCACCACAGACCCAGGGGACCACAGAGGACUACAUCACAGCCAACCCAUGGACCACAGAGGACUACACCACCACAGAUCUGGGGACCACAGAGGACCACACCACAGCAGACCCGGGGACCACAGAGGACCACACAACAGCAGACCCGGGGACCACAGAGGACCACACAACAGCAGACCCAGGGACCACAGAGGACCGCACCACAGCAGACCCGGGGACCACAGAGGACCGCACCACAGCAGACCCGGGGACCAGAGAGGACCGCACCACAGCAGACCUGGGGACCACAAAGGAUUACACCACAGCAGACCUAGGGACCAUGGAGGACUACACCACUUCAGAACCAGGGACUGAAGACACAGAAAAUUACACCACUAAACACCCAGACACUCACCCAGAGGAAACAGAUUCAGUGACGGCAGUGAAACCCCCUGGGCUCCAGACACCCAUCAGAAUCAUCCUCAUUUCCCUGGCUGCCACUGCUGUCACUGUUGCACUCUUUGUUGGAUUUGGCUUCCUUGUGAAAAACUGUUUCCUGCAUCCAUUUAAUCCACCCGACGGAGCUGUUUAUCACCCCCCUGUCAUGGAUCGGAGCACUCCAUGAAGAAGAUUCCGGCAGUGACUACAGCUGGUUAUAGAGCAAAUCAGACUUCUGUCGGCCUCCACGGGACCAUGAAGCAGGGUGUGUGUCCUCGGGCCUCCACACCCCCCCAUCUGGAGCCCCGGAACCACCAGAUGAAGAAGGCAGCUGGCCCUGGGGAUAAGCACGUUAGGGACACUCAGAAGAAUGCCUGUCUGCUCUUAGUAUCACCUAAUUCUGUCUGGCCAUGAUUACAGCCUCAGGAAAAUUGCCUUUUCCUAUCUACCAGGUUUAGUCAUUAAAAACUAUUUGGGGGAGACACACACAACUCAAAUAUAAGAGACAUUCUUAACAACAAGGUCCUACGGUAUAGCACAGGGAAAUAUAUUCAAUACCUUUAAUGGCCUACAAUGAAAAAAAAUAUGAAAAGGCCCCUCUCUCUCUCUAUACACACACACACACACACA